AUGCUCCGUCCGGAUCGUGCGCACCCCGGGCUGCCCUGGGGACACGCGGAUGCGCAGCGGCACCUUGUCCUGGACGACGUUCACCGUGGCUCCGCGCACGUGCCCGCGCUCAGCAGGGAGGAGAAGAGGCGGAGGAGGCGCGCAACCGCCAAAUAUCGAUCCGCGCACGCCACCAGGGAGCGCGUCCGCGUGGUGGCCUUCAACGUGGCCUUCGCGGAGCUGAGGACGCUGCUGCCCACGUUCCCCCCCAACAAGAGGCUGAGCAAGAUCGAGACCCUGAGACUGGCGCUCUGCUACAUCUCUUAUCUCAACCACGUGCUGGGUGUGUGA